AUGACUGCCUCCGCAACCCAAUUAUACCUCCGCCAGGCCCGUGACACCAAGAGUGUCGAGGACUGCAUGACAGUCUAUGACAAGUGGGCUGCAACGUACAACGAUGAAGUCGGCGACGAAGCCCAGAGCUACGUCGCCCCCGUCCUCGUUGCCCAGGCUGCCAUCAAGUUCAAGUCAAACAAGAGCCCCGCCGACAGUGUAAUCCUAGAUGCCGGCUGCGGAACCGGCCUUGUUGGCCAAGCCCUUGCCAUGGGCGGUGCAAAGGCAAUCGACGGUAUUGACUUGUCAGCCCCAAUGCUCGACGUCGCCCGGGACACUGGUGUGUACCGAAACCUUGCCCAAGCAGACAUGACCCGGCCGCUCGACAACGUGGACGAGACAUACGACACCGUUGUAUGUGUUGGCACCUUCACUCUGGGCCACGUUGGCCCAGACCCUGCCCUGCGAGAGCUCAUCAGAGUAACCCGAACAAACGGCAUCGUUGUCGCGACGAUUCUUGACGAGAUCUGGGAGCCGCAUGGAUUCAAGGCCGAGGUCGAGAAGCUAAAGGCAGAGGGUCUGGUGCGAGUUGUGUCUGAGGAUUUGAUAGAUUAUGUAAAGGGCCAUGGCGACAAGGCAGUAUUACUUAUCCUAGAGAAGGUCAACAAAGCGUGA